CUUUGAUAUAGGGGCCAAAUUGCUAGGGAGUGAGGCACACAGUUCAGGAGAGACCCCUGAAAUUGGAGGCUCAAUCAAGCCGCCGACUUAUCCCACACAUGCUUCGAAGACUGUUUGCUGACUGAUGGACAUUCAAAGACCCCGGACUUUUGCCCGGGCCUUGUCUAAUUGACGCAAGUUCAAUAGGACAGUGAUAUAGUGCUGGUGGGGUUGUCUCACAAGCUGGAGAGGCCGGGCCAUGGGCUAACCUCGGGGAAUCUCUCGGGUGUGGUGGUGUCAAACUCAAGACAGGCUGUUUUGUCUGAACCUUCACCCCCCUCCUCCCUCUUUGCACGUUAUCACUACUCCGUACUAUUACUGUCUUGACAACCAUUUCGCGUCGAUCUUCCCAGUAUGGUGGCAAGUACUGUUCAGGAGGGAACAGCUCCGUUUCAUUAUGAUAGUCUUCCCCAGCCUGCCCAAACGUGGUACCGAGUCUAUGGCGACAUCAAGGCAGGCACACCAUUAGUAGUCCUGCAUGGCGGCCCGGGCUUUUGCCACAACUACAUGCUGCCCCUGGCUGCACUGGCUUCCGAUCGUGCCGUGAUUCUGUAUGACCAGAUCGGAAAUGGAUUGUCCUCCCACUAUCCGGAGAAACGCGGCGAUCAGGGGUUUUGGACGGUCGACCUAUUCAUCGCAGAGUUGGAAAACCUGCUUCAGCAUCUGGGUAUUGCUGGCCAAUUUGAUCUGCUGGGUCAUUCCUGGGGCGGGAUGAUGGGGAUGGAUUUCGCCGCUCGUCAGCCGGCUGGACUGCGCCGUCUGAUCCUAUCAAACUCUCCGGCCUCGGUCGCACUGUGGCUUGAAUCGGUCAACCGACUCCGCGCUACCCUACCUCAAGAGAUUCAAGACACACUGCAGAAAUGUGAAGCAGAAGGGCGGCUCGAUUCGAAGGAAUAUGAAAAUGCAACGGUGGAAUUCUUAUCCCGAUUCUGUUGCCGGACGCAGCCAUGGCCCGAAGAGCUUAUGCAAAGUCUCGUCUGGACCACGGAGAAGGAUUCUACCGUCGCUGCCAGCAUGCUCGGUCCCUCCGAAUUCUGGGUCGAAGGGUCUCUUAAAGAUUGGAGUGCACUGGACCGCAUUCAUCGGAUCCAGGUUCCCACACUGGUGAUCAAUGGUAAAUAUGAUGAAGCGCAGGGCAGCGCCGUGGAACCGCUCUUCUGGGGUAUUGAUAAGGUGAAGUGGAUCACCUUGUCGGAGGGUUCGCACUGCCCGCAGUUCGACGACCGCGAGAAGUACCUGCAGGUUGUUGACGAAUUCUUGGGCCGCGCAUAGUGUUGGGGGUGUUUCUUCGAGAGGGUCGCUUGUCGGAUUUAGGUUUGAGCUAUAGGGGCCUGAAGAAAGUGCGUGCCGUUAGUUUCAGUUGGUUGCAGGAAACCAACCGACUAGUAUGAGAUGGUUGAUGUGCUAAUGUGAACCGAUUUAUGACCAUUGUUCAUUUUGGCACUAGCCUGCUUGACCGGCUUCUUACUGUGAACGAAUGCUCGUAAACGCUGAGUAUGCUCUCAAAUAGAAUAAUGAGUGUAUGACUAGCAAGGUAAAGAGAAGAUGUGGGGGUGUAAUCCUUCGGCGGUGGUGAGAAAGCUUCUCUAGUCCGUUCUACAAUGUGGGCAUUGCUGUCUCGACAGUGCUUUCUG